AGUCACUGUUGUCGGUAUCUCGAAUUUCACCGGCCUCAGGCGCCCUUGUCCAUAUCAGGAGCCGCUUCUAGGAUAAAUCGACCGUGCAAAAACUCAAAUCCUGCUAACACCUACCAUUUUCUUCACAAUGCCUCCACGAAUUCGCCUGUCAAGUGGCCGCAUCCCCCAGCCUCUCUGCCGGCAAAGGCUCCUCUGUCAACAUGAGCUGCCUAUUCUCACAAGAUACGCGAGUACCGCUGCGACAGCUACGACCCCGGCCGCGUCUCCUGAACAGAUGACACACUCCGCUGCCCCUAUUGCUAGAUUUCCUCCGUCUCAACCUCCCUCACAUCGCAAUCCCGAGUACCGUCGGUCUCAGCUUCUCCGACAAUAUACGUCGCUCAUCCGCACUACACCUCUUAUGGUGUUUCUACAGCACGAUAACCUUCAGUCUGUGGAAUGGGCUGCCAUCCGACGAGAAUUGAGCAAGGCUUUGCAGAAAGUGGACGAGCAGAUUGCCUCCGAGGGACGCUCCCUCCCUCCGCUUGCUCCUCACGUCAAGGUGCAAAUUGUUCAGACCAGUAUCUUUGAGGUUGCCCUCCGUAUCGUCGAGUAUUUCCGACCCAGCGCCUCCACAAUUGAAGCCGGCCAGACCCCCAGCGCCGUCGACCCCAUCACGCAAACGUCUGCCGAAGUCUCUCUCUCUGGGUCGAGGGAUGAUCCCACUCUGUCACACGACCUUUCCCGUGCGGCUCAUGAUGCUGUUCUCAAUAUGAAGGGCAAGCACGAAUUGUCGCCAGUCUUGGUUGGACCAAUUGCAGUCUUGAGCAUUCCUCAGAUGUCUCCGGAACAUCUGAAAGCUGCGCUUACGGUCCUUGCUCCCAAGGCAGCUGGCUUCCCGGUUCCCACUCGCAAGGCCAACCCAGGAUGGCAUGAGCUGCCCGUUCAGAACGGUUUGAAUAAGCUGGCUCUUCUUGCCGCGCGUGUGGAUGGCAAGGUGUUCGAUGUUGACCAGACCAAGUGGGUCGGUAGCAUCGAAGGUGGUAUGGAUGGUCUGCGGUCACAACUUGUCAUGGCCCUGCAAAGCAUGGCAUCUAGCGUCACGAACACUUUGGAGGGCGCUGGUAAGAGCCUGUACUUCACUCUUGAGAGCAGGAAGAGCGUCCUGGAGGAGGAGCAGAAGGGCCCGGGUGAUGAGAAGACUGAGGCUUAAAUGUAACGCGACCAGUUUGAUUUCUAUGUAUAAUACUACCUACACUUGUACUUUUCCUGUCCGGUUAUUGAAGGCUAUGGGGGUUUUUUUUCUAGCACAUGAAGGGUUACUUUAAAAACACAAGCCAAAG